GUGAGGCAGGUAACCAGGAAAUGACGGCUCAGGUGACGAGUCCCGCAGGAAAGACGGAGGAGGCGGAGAUCAUUAGAGGAGAAGACAGCACCUACAGCGUCCGGUUCAUCCCUCAGGAGAUGGGCCCUCACACCGUUAACGUUAAGUACCGGGGCCAACAUGUUCCUGGGAGCCCCUUCCAGUUCACUGUGGGGCCCCUGGGAGAGGGAGGGGCCCACAAGGUCCGAGCGGGAGGAACCGGACUGGACCGAGGAGUGGCCGGGAUCCCAGCUGAGUUCAGUAUCUGGACCAGAGAAGCUGGAGCUGGAGGUUUGUCCAUCGCUGUUGAAGGACCCAGUAAAGCUGAGAUCACGUUUGAAGACAGGAAGGACGGAUCCUGUGGCGUCGCCUAUGUGGUUCAGGAACCUGGUGAUUAUGAGGUUUCUAUUAAAUUCAAUGACGAGCACAUCCCAGAUUCUCCAUUCAUCGUCCCCGUUGCCACUUUGUCGGACGACGCUCGCCGCCUCACCAUCACCAGCCUGCAGGUGAGAAUGCCUUUAGGACCUCGUCUGUCCGGCGGCCACAGUCUUCAUGAGACGUCGUCCGUUCUCGUGGAAACCGUCACCAAGUCGUCAAUGAUGGGCGGGGCCUUCGCCUCUUUACCCAAAUUCUCCUCAGAUGCCACUAAAGUCGUGUCCAGAGGCGCCGGGCUAUCGAAGGCCUUCGUUGGUCAGAAGAACACGUUCACGGUCGACUGCAGUAAAGCAGGAACCAACAUGUUGAUGGUCGGUGUCCACGGACCGAAGACGCCCUGUGAAGAGGUGUACGUCAAACACAUGGGCAACAGGAUGUACAACGUCACGUACACCAUCAAAGAACAGGGCAGCUACAUCCUCAUCGUUAAGUGGGGCGACGAGAACGUCCCCGGGAGCCCGUUCCACUUCACCGUCCCCUGAACCUGGACUCGCCACAUCUGUCUCCCAACGGCCACGAUGCACUGAGACUGUCUCACACUCAUUUACGCUGUCCUGUCUCCUGUUGCUACAGUAACAGUUUUGCCUUUACCCUCUCUAUGGCAACACAUCAGUUUCACCUUCACGUCUCUAUGGCAACUGUGUCAUUAUGAAUCAGCAGUUGAGGUUGGUGUUGGCGUGAACAACGAGAACCUGCGUUAGCUUCACACAACCUGAUCCUCUGCUUUAUUUAUUCUCUGACGUUUUUUUUCUUUGACAGAAAAUGGUCUUAUUGUCGAGGAGAAUCUUCGAGAAACAGACUUUUGUUUUUUACCACAUGAGAAGUCGCUUUAAUGUGUGAAUGAUGAAAACAUCGUAUUUACAGAGUGAAGAGAUUUUCUAGUGAUUUUAUAUGAAUGAGUUUGAUUUGUUCAGUUUUCAGGAAGAAUUAAAGUUCUGCUGCUCGUCAA